AGCCUUGAAGCAGUGGAAGGCUAGAGAGAAUUGCUGGGUGAGUUAGAACCAGGAGGGACAGGGACAGGGCAACACACAGAGAGGGAGAGGGAGAAGUCCUGUGUGUGUGUGUGUGUGUGUGUGUUAAAAUUACAUCUGUUUUUCCCCAUGACAAAAAUAAGCUGGCACGUGAGUCCAUGAGAGGUUAUUUGCAACUGUGAGCAGGAGUGACUGAUGUGACAGACCAGCCUGGACAGAGGAGGUCAGGGUGACUGAAGGAAUCCAUUUUACCUGACUAAAGACCUUCCUUGUGAAGGAGUGUCCAGGCCUGCCAGAGAGCACCUGCUCUUGAAUCUCAGAACCUAGAAGAUCCCAUAAAGUCUCUACAGAAUGUUCCAGAAGCCUCUCCUCCAGUUCCCUGAGUGGACCAGCUACUUUGAAUAAGGAGACACUUCAGAUGGAUCAGGUUUUCUGUAGAGAAUCACAGAAGUUGUGGGGUUCUGGAGUUUUCUCUGGCCCAGGGGCCCCCAAGACAGGGUGGAGCAGCCACACCUGCCUCAAGUUCUGAGGAAGAGGGCGGAAACAGACAGCUCCCGCCCUCACUUUCUCCCCCACAAUUGUGAUAGGCUCCACUGGGGCAUUGUGUGCCACACGGGCUCACUUCCCCAAAUAGGCGACUGUAUUUUUUAGAGUCUGACCAUCCAGCCCUGGUAGGUCAGAUGGCAUGACUGGAUCAGUGAGGGUCCUACACUUUACCAACUGACUUUGCAUCUGGAUGGAGCCAUGGCCUCUUCAGUUCCUGCUGUUGCUGCUGCUGCUACUGUGGCUACAGGGCUGUGUCUCAGGUCCCUCCAACGAGAACCUAUACAGGAAAAUAUGGCGGCGUGAAGGGGAGACUCUGACUGUGCAGUGCUCCUACAAGAACCGCCGGAACUUCGUUGAGGCCAAGUCUUGGUGCAAAGUCAAGAAGAAGAAGUGCGACCACAACUUCAUCCGGAGCUGGGUGAGGGGUCCCAGCUACUCUAUGCGGGAUGAUACCAAGGCCAAGGUGGUCCGCAUCACCAUGGAGGCUCUCAGAGUGCAGGACUCCGGGCGGUAUUGGUGUAUGCGGAACACGGCUGGGAAUUUCUACCCCUUGCUGGGUUUCCAGCUGGAAGUAUAUCCAGCCCUCACAACUGAGAGAAACGUUCCCCCCACACAUCUUACCAACACCCUCAAGGAUGGAUUCACCAGCACCCUCGUGGAUGAACUUGUCACGACCGGCCAAGUCCGUAUUUCAGACCCUCACGCCCCUUUCACAUCUGAUGUGACUGUGUUCACAUCUGAAAUGACUGUGUUCACAUCUGGACUCCUCACCUUGACUUCAGGGACCACUGCGCCAACCCCUGUGACACACUACAGUUUUACCGAUACCAGUGACACCAUUACAGAGCCCGAGAGGGGCACAGAGUCCCAGCCAGCAACCGUGUCUCCUAGCAAUGCAAGACCCUUCUCCGCUGAUCCAGUGACCACCUCCACCACGUCUGGACACCGGAGUAGCAGCUUGUCCACCACGGGGACAUGCCACCAGUUAAUACCCAACAGGUCCCAGGAGACUUACAUACCUGCGAUGGUGGUGGUGUUGACAUUUCUUCCAGCACCUGUGGUGUUGGUCGUGGCCUAUGGGUUUUGGAAGAAGAGACACAUGGGAAGAUACAGCUUGGGCAGCAACUACGCUAAGCCAUGGAUACACCUUCCUGAAGGACCGGAGACACCAUGGAAGCCUGCUUGGUCUAAGAUAACUCAGUGAACUGGGAAUCCAUUUCCAGUGGGCUCAGAAGGCAAGAAGAGGACCAAAGACCAGGCAGUGGCCUUGGGGCAGGAGGACAGGAGAGCUGCCUUCCCUUCACCCAGGGUCAUUGUGUCCUUAGCUUCCCCGUGUUCCCUUCAAACACCUCUAUAUGUUUGGAGACAAGAGUCAGGUCUCAGGAGCCCCGGAAGCAGCCAGUGUUUCUAGAGUCCUGUUCUGGAGGAGAGGGAGCAAUGACUAAGACCUGGGCCACAGAGGAGUUGGUAGCAGGAGGUCCCAGAGCCGAUGAAGGAAGGCCACAUGUCUCCUGAUGUUCCCUGUCUGUGGCUGCUGGUCCCUUCUGUCCUGGGAGCCUACAGGUCACAUGUUUCCACUUGUCUCCUGCCUGCCAUCCCCUUCAGGACAGUGACAGCCUUCAGCUACAGGGCCUUCCUCUCCCAAGAGGAGUGCAGAGGCUGAACCUGGCUUUCCCCACUCCUCUUCCUGCUCCCAUCACUCCCAGGCUACAGUGAUGAGCUCAUGGAGAAGACUGAGCACAGAGACUCAACCAUGAGGGGUCUGCAGCCUCAUCUAGAGGACACCCUCCUCCAGACACCGGGCUUGGCCAUGGACCAAAGCAAGGCCGCUCCUGAGAAAAGAGCAAAUGGAGCUGCCCUGCUUAAAACAGCAGGAGAGAGAGGAGCAGGGCAGGAGAAUGACAAAUCAGGUUCUAGGACAGAAAGAUGGGAAGACGCCUGGACACAUGGACAUACACACACAUAUACACACAUGGAGCAGUGAGGGGGAGGGGAAGAAGGAGAGGGAGAGGAAGCAGAAGAGGAGGACAGAGAGGAGGAGGGGAAGAAGUCCAAAUAGCUCAGACUGUCCUCUACUAUCUAGAUCAGUGGUCCCGAGUAGAGCAGGGCUGUGGGCUGUGGGCUGAGCUGCCUCCCCAGCAGGGAUACCCACUAGCCCAUGGAGCAUGGAAAGGUCCCUGGGGCCAAGUGCAACAUCUACACUCUCAACCCUGAGGCAGAGACAUCCUGAUGGGACAGUAAACAUCACAGUCAAGUGGAUGACACAGCUGGGGCCUUGGUGUGUGCUCCAGGAUGGCUUUGAGGCAAGAGGAAGGGCCAAAGUUGUAAAAUCGAGGCACAGAAGGGGGAAGGCAUCUCCUCUCUGCUUCCAGAAGAGAGUGGAAGAGGGAAGAUCAGACUGAAAACUGACAAAACAAGUUCUAGAAGGAUGGACGGACAGAUACACACACACACACACACACACCUCUGGCUAGCAAGCAUCCAUAUAGAACCACUACCCUAGCAGAUAACUAGGAAGGAUUGACUCACACUGCCUCUAAUAAUCCCAAACCCAUACUAGCCCUGAACCUCCAUUGUUGCUUUAUUGUUUCCAUGUUUUGUGAUGGAGAGGUCAGGCAUAAGGACCAGUGAGGCCACUGUCCCUGUGUGACCCUGACCAAGCCACUAACCCUGACUGAGCUUUGGUUUUCUCUCCUAUGAAAGAGGACAAUAAUUCUUGCCUCUAAAGAUUGGCUGGGGACGCAAUGGAUGACAUAAACACUGUGACCUGCAAGCGUCCUGUGACACUUCCCUGGAGUUCUUUCCUGUCCUGUUGCUCAAUAGGAACUGAGUGGGGUUUGAGUGUUCCUCCUGCAGCCCUGACUAACUCUCUAACCAGAGGCUGCAAAGAUGGCUCACGCUUAGCAUGUUCAAGGCUCCUGCCAGGACCCAGGUUCAGUUUCCAGCACCCACAUUGGGAGCUCAUCCUGUAACUCCAGUUCCAGGGCAUAUGAUGCCCCUUUCUGGCUGCCUCAGACACUGCAUACACACGGUGCUUAUAAAUCAUUACAGGUGCAUAUGUAUAUACAUAUAAACCAUUGCAGGUGCACACACAUACACAUAUAAACCAUUGCAGGUGCACAGACAUACACAUAUAAACCAUUGCAGGUGCACAGGUAUACACAUAAUUUUUUUAAAAAAAAAUCUUUUAGAACAAUAACAAACACAGCUAUUCUGACCAAAAGCAGCCUAUGGAGGAAAGGGUUCACUUGGCUUAUGCUUCCAUCACUGAAGGAAGUCAGGACAGGAGCUCAAGCAGGGACUGGAACAGAGACCAUGGAGGAAUGCUGUCUGCUGACUUGCUUUGCAGUCCAUGCUUAGCUGGCUUCCCAUACAUCUCAGGACCACUUUCCAAGGGAAUGGUGGCUCCCACAGUGGAUGGAGCUUCCCAAUCAACCAACAACCAAGAUGAUUCCCCAGAGACAUGUCCCCAGGCCAGUUUGAUCAGGCCUGAAUUUGAGACUCUCUCCUCAGGAGACUCUAGGCUGUGUUACAUUGACAAUUAAAGGGAACUGUCAACUUCUUGAUCCCCUCUCCUCCUGCUUCUAUCCUUACCAUAGGGAUGCUGGGGCUCUGUGGUGAUGGCUGGAUUAUCAGCUGUUGUCAUAAAACACCAUAAUUUGUUGGGAGUCAGCUGAUCCAAGGCUUUUUCUGAAGCUCCAGUGUACUGAGAAGAAAUGUAGUUCCUUAUCUAACACCAGGAAUAUGCCUGGCAAAGUCAGUAGUAGCCUGGGGCCAGGGCCUUGGGGAAGCUGUGAUUUCAGACCCUAAAAUCCAACACCUCUCCCCCUCCCCAUUCCCCUGCAAGGAGCUGUGGUUAUUAGUCCCAAAGCCAUGGCGCACCACUGUGAUAGUAGGAUAUCCUGUGUUAGUGCUGUGCAACAUUGUUUGAUUAGCUUACUGCUGGCAUCAUCCCAUUGUAUGACAGCUUUCUGCUGACUCUGUCUUAUUUCUCCUCUGUGACCCAUAUAAAAACUGCAGUUCUUGUUAAUAAAUUUGUCUGGCUUAAGUCAUCAGCUUCGGCAAGACCUCCUGA